AUGGACUCUCCAAUUGUGACGGCAACCUGGCAAGCUGGCGCAUUGAACGCCCUUUCCAACGUGCUAGCACAACUCAUUACAAGUUGGCAGAGAGGAGUACGUGCAGUCAUUUUCCCCCAAAGUCGCGCUAUGCUCAUACAAAUAACAGAUGCCGUACCGAAUCAACAUUACCGAGCUCCUCCAAUUCGUCCUCUUCUCCGUCUUGGCCUGCCCUCCAAAUUACAUAUGGCAAGCUUGGCUUGAAGCUUCCUUUCCAGCCUACGCGCGUAGACUUAGUCCGCAAGAUAAGGAGUUGAUGCUAGAUGAAGCCACUGUAGGACGUAGUACGGCACUGGAGAAGGACUCCAGUGGUGAGGUCGAGGCAAGAACAUCGAAGGGCAAGGCCAUGACGGAGAAAUCGACACUGGCGACUACAGAUAAGAAGUCGGUCAAGAAACUUGAUUUGAAGAACACGGCCAUUAAAUUUCUGCUGGAUCAGACUGUCGGUGCGGGAGUCAAUGUGAGUGACAGGCACUCUGAAAGUUUCAUCGAUACAGGACAGUUCCAUUCGGAACCACUGUGUGGUCUGAUUUGCUCUCCGGCUUGCGCUGCGUUCGUUGCGGAGAAGAUCGUUUCAACACCCUCUCCAGUGUACAUCCUACACGGGCUCUACUAACGUAUCAUUUCUCUAGACUGUCCUAUUCGUGGUCGGCAUAGGUCUUAUUCGCGGCCAAUCUUUCAGCUCGACAUCACAGGACGUGUCAGAGCAGUUCUGGCCUAUGAUAUUUGCCGCACAAAAGCUAUGGCCGUUUGUGAGCAUCAUCAGCUUUACCCUUGUUCCUUUGGAGUACAGGAUGCUACUUGGAAAUACGGCUGGAUUGGUCUGGGGAAUAUAUUUAAGCUUACUAGCGGGGGACUCGAAGGUCGAGAAAUAG